AUGCGAAACAACAUUCAAAUCCGCCACACUCUCCCCCAUAUGCCGCGCCAGAGCGGCAAGAUUGAAAGGCUCUGGCCGUCUCUUGAAAGAAAUGUCGGCCGGUCUUCAAAUGCAAAACAAAUUCAAGAAUUUCUUGAUAAAUUCAGGAAAAAUUACAACUCAGUACCACAUAAAACCCUUCCCAAAAAGGGUUUUCGCCCCAUGACUCCAGAAGAGUGUUACAAUGAGACACCACAUUGGAAACAGGGUGAAACGCCAUUUUGGAGAGUUAUGAUUGAU